UAUUUACCAGUAACUGGAAAAAAAUGUCUUCGGUAUGCGUCGCCGUUUAGGGCAAAUCUUUAUAAAUGUGCAUGUUAGGUCCAGUUCGGGUUCUAUAUGUUUAAAAUCUAUUGAGCUAUUUAAAAAAUUCAGUUCGGUUCUGGUUCGGUGUUUUUAGUUUUGGGUUCGGAUAUCAUAAUUAGAAACUAACUAAUAUUCAAAUUAAUUUUGAAUCUCUAGAUUCAAGUUUUUAAAUUACUUUGAAUAAAAAAUUCAGAAAUUUCAAGUUUGUCAAACUAAAUAUUAAAAAAAAUUAGAUUUUCAAAUAAAAAUUUAGACAAUUCAGAUAUUUUUAAAUAUUUUAAAUAAAAUAUUUUGGUAUUUUGUGUUUUUAAGUAUUGCGGUUUAUAAAUAAUAUUUUUAUAUUUUUUAAUUAUUUUAAAACUAAAUAUUUAAUAUCUACAAAUAUAUAAAUUAUAUUAUAGAAAUUUAGAUAUCCUGGUCCAUUCUAAUUUUUUAAUUAUAGAAAUAUAGAAUUUUUUAUUUGGUAGGAUCCAAACCAAACGGAAAAUUUUCGGUUUGGAUAAAUGUGUCUAGGCUUAUGGUUCAAAUUGCACGACCGAAGAUCAUAUAAUCAGUCGAACUUGAUCUGUCCACACACAUCAAUGGCGAACGAGAAACUCCACGAAAUGUCGAGACUAUCCUCUCAAAUCUGCAACCAGAUCUCCUCCGUCUUCUCUAACCCCACGGAUCCUUACCCACCGCCGCUUGAUCUCCUCGUGACGGAGCUCACCGGAGUCUCCCGCCGCGGCGCUCGCGUCUUCCUCCACGGCGUCGGACGCGAAGGCCUCAUGCUCAAAGCCUUCGCGAUGCGUCUCUUCCACCUCGGCCUCUCCUCUCACUUAGUCUCCGACAUGACCACGCCUCCGAUCUCGUCUCCCGAUCUCCUCAUCGCAUCGGCGGGUCCCGGAGGAUUCUCAACCGUCGACGCGAUUUGCUCAGUCGCGAAAUCUGCCGGCGCUAAGGUUGUGCUCAUCACUGCGCAGCCGGAGACGGGGUCUUGUGUGAAACAUGCGACGGAUGUUUGUUAUGUUCCGGCGCAGACCAUGGCGAGUGACGGCGGAGGUGCGACGGAGAAGGGAGAGAGGCCGUUGUUGCCGAUGGGGAGUGUGUACGAAGGAGCGUUGUUCGUGUUGUUCGAGAUGGUUGUUUACAAACUGGGUGAGGUUUUGGGUGAGUCCCCUGAGUCAAUACGGUGUCGUCACACCAAUUUGGAGUAGGAACGUUGCGUUGUUUUCGCGUUUCAGUGUGUAAAUGCUUGCUGUUUUGUUUGUAUUACAUGCCACGAGUGUUGGGGGUGGAUUUACAUCCUACCUCAAGGCCCAUUAGACAAUAAAUUAAGCUCAUUUUACUAUGAAGCCCUAGCUUCUUCCUUGUAUAAAUAAAGAGAUGCCUCUCUUUAUCAAGGGAUAUCUUCUUCCUCAUUUUAGACUUAGAACACUUCUUACAAAGAUUUUAUACAUUCUUUGAUUCACUUUACACUAGAAAUCAUUCUUGUAAUGUAAUCUUUGAUUAAUAAAGUCUUUUGAUGUUUUCUUUCUCA